ACUUGAUGCAGAGGCCAGAGAGAGAUAAAGGUCAAUCUUAACACUCAUCACCGUCACAGUGUCACAAACACAAUGAUUGUCACCGGGGCCGGAAAUCCCGCAAUCAACGAUCGCUUGAGACAAUUGAAGGCUUUUGAUGAAUCCAAAGCCGGAGUCAAAGGCCUCGUUGACUCCGGCAUCACCAAACUUCCACAAAUCUUCAUUCGCCCCCCGGAAGAGCUAACCGCCGGCGAUCCAUCUCCGGGAGAACCGACACCUACACAGUUCAGUAUUCCAGUCAUCGACCUCAAGGAUAUCUCCGGAGACCGCGCCGGAGUAGUGGCGGCGGUAAGACAUGCGGCGGAGACCGUGGGGUUUUUCCAGGUGGUGAAUCACGGGAUCCCCGUGAAGCUUCUGGAAGAGACGCUGACGGCGGCGCGUGAGUUUCAUGAGCUGGCACAGGAGGUGAAAGCAAAGUACUACACAAGGGAGAUGAUGAAGAAAGUGAAGUAUCUUAGCAACUUUGAUUUGUAUCAAUCAAAGUAUGCUAAUUGGAGAGACACACUGUUCUGUCUUAUGGGCCCUGAACCCCUUGAUCCUCAAGAACUGCCUCCCCCAUGCAGGGAAGUGACAAUGGAAUAUUCAAGGCAAGUGAUGAUUUUGGGGAAGGUGCUAUUUGAAUUGCUAUCAGAAGCACUUGGACUUAAAGCUGAGCAUCUUGAAAGCUUGGAUUGUGCAAAAGGGCACUCAAUUUUGUACCAUUAUUACCCACCAUGUCCUGAGCCAGAACUCACCAUGGGAACUACCAGACAUACUGAUCCGGAUUUCCUAACUCUUCUGCUUCAAGAUCACAUUGGUGGCCUCCAAGUUUUGACCCAAAAUGGCUGGAUUGAUGUGCCUCCUCUUCAUGGAGCUAUAGUAGUCAACAUUGGAGAUCUGCUUCAACUAAUGUCCAACGACAAAUUCAAGAGUGUGGAGCACCGUGUGCUUGCAAAUCAUGUAGGGCCAAGAGUAUCAGUGGCAUGCUUUUUCACUGUUCAUCGUCACCAAACAAGAAUGUAUGGACCCAUCAAGGAACUCUUGUCUGAGGAUAACCCUCCAGUGUAUAAGGAUACAUCACUCAAAGAUUUCAUGGCUUACUAUCAUAGCAAGGGCCUGCAUGACCAUGGCAAUUCUGCUCUUUCCCAUUUUAAGUUAAUGGGUUAGUUAAUAUUAUGGCAUGGAAUUCGACUUAGAUCGAUACUUUAUACUCAUAAAUAGCUCCUAACUUGGGACAUAAAUAAAAUGAUGUUAGUUAAACUUUGAUAUACAAAGGAGAAUUUGGGUUAAAUAUUGUAGUUGAAAGAUGAGUUGUCGUGACUAAAAUUAUGAAAAUUUUCUACUACUACUAGAAUAUAAGAAUAAUGACUAUUGUGUGUAA